AACAGGAAGUCGUGUUUUGUUGUCAAAUCGAUUUUAUUUUGAAACCGGAAGUUUCACGUCCGUGUCCCGACGGCGCUUGACGUACAGAAGUCAUCUCUCGGGACUUUACCGCCGCCUCUGUCGCCGCUGCUGGCUUCCCUCCGGUUCUGGUAUUUUAUUUCAUUAUUUCACCGGGAGGAUUCAGACGGAAACCGGAGAAGUUUAACGAGGAUUCAGCGGAUUUUACCGGUCGUGUUUUCGCUCGGUAGCUUCUCGUGUUUGUUAAACCCCAACGACCGGCGGCUAGCAUCGGUAACUGCUGCUAAACAUGGUGGCCUGUAGGCAAGGAGACGAGACGAGGGUUUAUUUGGAGGAUUUUUAACUCCCCUCGGUGCCUCUGGGACUAAUUUAAAGUCUUAAUUUUUGUAGUUUUAAUCGUGGACUUCGACGGGCGGGCUUUUAAGACUGACCCCCAGAUCCUCCAGCUCCAGCUCCGACUCCGUGGAUUUAUUGUACCUGAAAAAAAAAAAGUUGUCACCAGGCCGCCUAAAAGUUUCCAACCACCCCUGGGAAAAAGUUGCAAAACACGCUGGAAAAAAAAAGGCAACUUUAGUUUUAGUCAUUAUCCGUCAAUAUUACACAUGCUUUGAGCAUAUUAUAGCGAUGAAUUGGUGCACAAGUGCAUCCUGCUGGAGCCACUUUAUCCUCUAAAAUAGUUUCUGUUAACGUCCCCCUCUUUCAUUGUUCAUCCGAGGAUUAUUAUGGAUUAUUAUUAUGGCCUAAUCCGAGCCGCCGCGGGCCGGGAUUUCUGGGGAUAAUUUGCAGAUUUUUUUUUUUUUUUGUUGUUGUUGCUGGUGAUGGUGAUGAAGGUGAUGACAGAGAAAAGCGAUGGUUUCCCUUCGUCCUGCUUCUGAGUAGAGAGGAGUUAAUUACAUGGAGACUCGCCUGACAUGCCAAGGAAGGAGUUGCCAUUACCUGAGGGUUGGGAGGAAGCCAGAGACUUUGAUGGCAAGGUGUAUUACAUUGACCACAUUAACCAGUGCACCAGCUGGAUCGACCCCAGAGACAGGCAGACGAAGCCUCUGACGUUUGCAGACUGCAUCGGGGAUGAGCUGCCGGUCGGCUGGGAGGAGGCGUUCGACCCCGUGGUUGGAGCGUACUAUGUCGACCACAACACAAAGAGCACCCAGCUGGAGGACCCGCGGGCCCAGUGGCAGCGGGAGCAGGAGGCCAUGCUGCGGGACUACCUGGCCGUGGCCAGCGACGCCCUCAGCGCUCAGAAGGAGAUCUACCAGGUGAAGGAGCAGAGGCUCCGCCUGGCACAGCAGGAGUACCGGCAGCUCAACGACGCCUGGAGGGACAAGUCCACGUCUCAGACCAGCUUGAAUUCCAGAUCGUCAUCCUCCAGCAAAUACGACCCAGAUAUUCUCAAAGCCGACAUAUCCACAGCCAAAAGCCGGGUCAACAAGCUGAAGCGGGACCUGGCCUGUAUGAAGCAGGAGCUGCAGUACAAAGAACAAGGCUUCGAGACUCUCAAAGAGAUUGACCAGAAAGUGUCCAACAGCCCAUAUGGCUACAAGCUACAGGAGACGCAGGCCAUCCUCAACGAGGUGCGGUCCAUUCGAGACGCUAUCAGCUCUGGGGAGAAGGAGAAACAGGAGCUCAUGCAGAAACUGGCGGUGCUGAAGGAUGGCUUCCAGCUAGACUCAGGCUCCCAGCAGGAGCUGUGGGGCAGCAGUCCCUCACUCGCCAACUCGGAUCUGUCCAUCCCUCGGCUGUACUCUGACGCCGGCUCCCAGACCGACAUCCCAGCUGAGUUUAUGACCAGCACCAACAAACUGGCGGAGAAGGUUCGUCUGAGCCUGAAGUACGAGGAGGCCAAGAGAAGGAUCGCAACCAUCGAGGUGCAAAUCGCCAAACUAGACAGCGAGGCGUGGCCGGGGCUGCUGGACCCAGAGCGGGACCGCUUAAUCCUCAUCAAUGAGAAGGAGGAGCUGCUGAAGGAGCUGCAGUACGUGAGUCCCCGGCAACGCCUGGAGCCCAACGACGCAGAGAAGCUGGAGAACCAGAAGAAACGUCUGGAGAGAGACCUGCAGGCUGCCAGAGACAACCAGAGCAAGGCUUUGACCGAGAGGCUGCGACUUCACUGCAAGAGGAACAAGUUGGUUAGAGAACUGGAGGAGAUGGUUCGACUGGCCACAUCUCUACAUGCUCAACUCAAAAGUUUGUCAGCCAGCACCCUGUCCUGUUCAUCUGGCAGCAGUCGAGGAUCUCUGACGUCCAGCCGUGGCUCGCUAGCCACCACCUCCAGCCUCGGCUCCACCUCCUCCCUCAGCUUCACUGACAUUUACCUGGAGCAGCCUGAGCUGGCUGACCCGGACUUCCAGAACAAGCUGGACAGCCUCCUGCAGGAGGGCAGCCCGGGCGGCUACCGGCCCUCCAGUUCCAUCACCACCAUACACGAGCAUGAGGUGGUGACGGGCUGCGCAGGAAGGAACACUGGGAUGGCUGCCGAGGUCAAAGCAGGAGGGCCGGGAGGAGAUGCAGGUAGUGCUGGAGGUGGAGGUACAGGAGGUGGAGUGGAGUCGUCCAGGAUCCAGGCCCUCAGGAUGUCGGAGACUCCUCGUUCAAUGAGCUCUUUAUCUCCGCGGUCGUCUCUGUCCUCGCUAUCGCCGCCAUGCUCGCCGCUGGUCACGGACACUAGCUUCCUGUCAGGGGACACUUUUGCUGGGCAGAUGGGGUCCGGUGGACUGGGCUUGGAUCAGGAGCUCCACAGCAGGCUAGCAGAGCUGGAGCUCAGAAUGGACUCUGAGAAGCAGCGACGGGAGGACGGUGGCCCCAGAGACCUGGAGGAGAAGCAGAACCACAACACCACACUGGGAGAGGAGGGCAAAGAUGCGCCUCCUCAGCUUCGAGGGACGGGAGCAGGGGCAAGGAAGAUUGGCGUUACCUCUGCGGUGUCUGAUGAAUCGGUGGCCGGCGAUAGCGGCGUGUAUGAGCCGUCGGAGCGCAGGCCCGGCCUCCCUGCAGAUCUCCUCCUGGGCUCCUGUGAGGAGAGGUUGGUGCCAGGCUGCUCUCAGGUGCAGCUCGGCUUCCGCUACGAGUCCAGAGACCAGCGCUUCACGGUCUACGUCAUGCAGCUGUCCAACUGCAGCGCCCUCUGUCUGCCGGCUGACCAGAAAAUGUAUGUACGUGUAGCGGUGCUGCCGUGCGUGGACUCGACCCCCUGUCUCUUCCGAACGCGCGUCUCGCUGCCUCAGGACGUCGUGGAGUUCAAUGAGGUGUUCGGCAUGCAGAUAUCUCCCAAUGCACUGCGGCAGAAGACCCUGAGGGUCGACAUCUGCAAUAAUACCAAGUCGGGCCACGAAGAGUGUCUGGCCGGAGCCCAGAUCAGCCUGGCUGACGUCAGCUGUUCGGAGGAGAGACAGACGAAGUGGUACAACCUGCUGAGCCGAGUCUACAUGCCCGACAUCAAUAACAAGGACAAAGACAGCCAAGCGGCCGGCAGCUCUGAAAGGACUCGUGUUUCCAGCAGAGUCAGAGCUCCCGAGGACGACGAGUGGCAUGAAGACCCUCUGGACCCAGACGUAUUUGAAGACGACGAAGUAAAUGACUUGGAGGCGGCGGUGCUUCUGGAGGAGGAGUUUUAUUCUAACAACAGCCAAUGGGAAGCCGACAAGGAGGAGGAGGAGGAGGAGAAGAAGAAGAUGGCUGCCAGACCUCCUCCUCCUCCUCCUCAACGGGCAGCGGCGGCAGCCAUGACAGAGAAGGUGAACAAGGAGACGAGCAUGGACGGCCUGCCCUCGUCCCGUCACUGCUCCGUGGUUCGGCCCAAGGAGCGGCGCCCGGACGUCCGCCAGCAGAACCCGUUCAUGAGGGGGAACACCAUCAUCCGCUCCAAGACCUUCUCCCCGGGACCUCAGAGCCAGUACAUCUGCAGGAUUAACCGGAGCGACAGUGACAGCUCCACGCUCUCCAAGAAGUCUCCGUUCGUCAGAAACGCCUCAGAGAGACGCAGCAUGCGCAUGAAGAAGCCUCCCAUGCCGGUUAAAGGUCUGGACGGUCUGCUGCGGACUUCCCUGGACCUGGAGCUGGACCUGCAGGUGUCCCGGACGAGGAAGACCCGGCUGGCGCAGGAGCUUCGGGUCCUCCGGGAGCUGAAGUCGGAGCUGGAGAAGGCGAGGCAGCAGGGCCAGAGGGAGCUGCCCGUGUGGGUUCAAGAAGACGAGCGCUUCCGUCUUCUCCUCAGGCAGGCUGAGAAACAGACUCGAGAGGAGCAGCUGCAGGAGAAGCGGGUGGAGAAGAUGAUGAGGGCCGCGGCCAAGGACGUCCACAAGAUCCGAGGCCAGAGCCGCAAAGAAGUCCCCGAGGUCCAGACCUUCAGAGAGAAGAUGGCGUUCUUCACACGAGCAAAGUCCUGCAUCCCAGACCUGCCGGCCGACGACGUGUAGAGAAGCAUUUCAAAGUAUUUUCCCUCCCGAGUCUGAUCCUGCUGUUCACAAACUAAUGAAACGAACAUUUGGCGGUGUUAUGAAGAAUUUAAAAACGUAAUAAUAACAGUAAUAAUAAAAAGAAGAAGAAGAAGAUUGAAAACAGGAGCUCGGCAUUUCUAAUGUGGAUAGACUUUGUAAAUUAGUGGUAGUACUGCUAGAGCUUUUUUUUUUUAUUGUUCUCAUCAUUAUUAUUAUUGUUUCACUUUCAUCCACUCUUCUGUUUCUGUUACUAACUGGAUGUUUAUAGACUCGUAGUUGUUUAAAAUCAUUCCAUCACAAAAUCCUACCGCCACGCGAAAGACUCGUACUAAAACAACACUAAAUAUCUUAAUUGAUCGCACAAGAUAAAUAAAUGAAAAAUGGUACUAAGAAGAAUUUAAGCUCAAGAUUAAGCAAAAAUUAAUGUCAACACUUAAAAGGUAUUUAACGGUGACGUACAGUACAUGUAAAGUGUUUAUUUUUUUUAAAGGAAGGUUUUGAAAAUUUUAUACACAAACAAGCACAGAUGGUGUUUUCUUUUUUUUUUCUUUUCUUUUUCUUUUUUUUUUAUUUAUACAUUAGUGAAACUCUUCCGUAGGCGUCAGUAUGGAUCUGAGAGCUGCUCAUUUUUAACCAACGACAAGUUAUAAUCCUUAAAUGUUUUAAAGGAGGGGGCGUUUCAAAUCAUUUCACAUAUAAUCAACUUAAUUAAAGUGGUAGAAGUUGUUAUUUAUUUUCUUUUUGUUAAGUUUUAAAUCAGACUUUUCGGUAACACACCGAGAGAAAAAACAUGAACUAAUCAAAUCUCGUAGACAUGACGUGAACGCAAAGUGCCCUUCAACUACACACCAGAAUCUGGCAUCUUAUAACAAUUACAACAUUAAAACUGGAAGAUUUAGAUAGAAAACAAAGCAUUAAACAUGUAAUGAAAAGGGGGAAAAAGAAGUCUUAAUUUAAAUUGUCCCCUUAAAUUGUGUCACCAAAACUACCCACGCUGAAAACUUUAAGGAUUAUAACUUUUGUUGUCUUUAACUUAAACAUCACCAGAUGUUUUUUUUUUCUUUUCUAAUGUCGAUUAAAACUCAGCUCACGCAACACUACACAACAAUUUUUCUUUUAUUUUAAUCGGCGAGUUCUCUUUGUCUAAAAUGAAACCGUAUCUCUGAACCACUUAAACACAAACACGCAUUCAACAAAGUGUAGAAACAGCACUAACUCUCACUAACACUCAGGUAGUUGAUCGGAUAGUCUGCACUUUAAGAGGUAAAAGUUAAAAAAAAAAAGAAACAAGGAAAAAAAAAACUUUACAUGGGUUUUUGGAAAGUAGAAGAAAAAAGAGAAAGAAUCCAGAAGCCUUUGCCUCAUGCUGGAAUGAUUAUUGAUUGUUAAAGCACACAAUGAUUGUUAAAAAACACACACACACACAAGAAGUGAAGAUCAAAUGUAUUUUUUGACAACUGUGAACUGUGUACUGAUUGUAUGAUUCAUAUACUGGCAGUCGGCCAAUAGGAAAACUACAUUUGGUUGUUGUAAAUUCUUUUUUUUUUUUUUUUUAUGGUUUUAAUGUUGGACUUUUCCCACCUUCACUCUGUAACUGGACGUUUUAAAACCAUAUCCUCUUAUAACUGGACGUUCUGCGGCUAAAAUUCAGUAAAUAGUCAAGUUAGCUUGAUGCCCCAGCAAUUCCCACAAUAUAUAGUUUUAUUAGCAAUUGUUUAAAUUUUUGGUUCUGCCACCCACAAUGUUGGUGUUAAUUGUUUUUUUUGUUUUUUUGUUAUCACGUUUCUAGUUUGUGACUAGCCAGUGAACAUAAAAGGUGCUUUACGGAGCUAAAGAUCCACGUGGUGGAGACCUACCAUGGAGCUAAAAGAGAGUUACUACCUUAUAGAGGGAAAAAAAUGAGUUCUUGCUGGGCCACCAAGCUAAUUGUGGAUAUUUUAGGUACUUUGUGUCCAUUCCCGAAUGUAGCUGACAAAACUGAGCUGCUGCUGCUGCUGCUGCUGCUGUCGUCAUUCCAGAUAUUUCCUUUCUCCGUUUGUAGCUAAACAGUAGUUUGUCAGUUUCUUUCUUCUUUUUUUUUUUCACUUGUGUCGUAAAUUGAGUUGACCAGGAAGUAGAUUAUUAUUAUUAUUUUUAUUUUUUUUUUUUGCCUGUUUUUUUCUUGGUAGCCGUCUCCACUUCCUGUUUUCUGCUGCGUAAAGUAAAGAUAGUCACACCAUGUCAGGUAGCGUUAGGACUAUUUUGCACAAGCGUCCUCUAAGAAUAAUAAAUGUCACACUAAUACAUAAUCGCUAACGUUAUCCCUUAUCUGUGGUUGACGGGAGUCGGAUGCUGCGAGGCGACGUUCACACUGCAGGAGCUGAAUUUUUGAUUCAGAUUUUCCGCUCAGAAGCAGCUUGAUGUGUCUCCGGUACCGGUCUGAACACUGUACGAAACAUUGAAACCAAAGAUUUAACACCUGAUGCUCUUGCUCCAACAUGUAAGACGCUGCAAAUUUUUCCGCUCGAGUGUUUUCUUAGUUUGACUUGUCCCCUUGUUUAGGUAAUUAUAGGUUGCGACAGACCUUGGAUAUGUUGUUGAGUCAGUGGAUUUAUGGCCAAUACUUUGACCUGCCAAGUUGGCUGUAUUUAUUUUAUGUUUAUGGGAUUCUCUUUGUCCAAACAAACCAAGUAGCAACAAAGACAACAGCACCUGUUGGGUUUCUUAAAAACGUUUCAUCCAAGUCGUCACAUCUAAGAGACUGGUUCUGACUCAAAUGUCUUCAAGAAACUCAACAGUUCCAGCUGCCUUUGUUCAACUUUUGGAUAAACCAUGACCUGGAGAACCUUCCCGGACGUAUCCAGUUACCUUAGCUCUCUACAAACAUAAGGAAACCUUAGUUGAACUAACGUAAACACAUUUCACGGCAGUAUUUUCUGUAGCUGCGAUUUACAAAUAUUCCCCAACACCUCACAUGGCCCAACAAGCUCGGCCAAAAUCCCAACGUUGUACAUAAAGCUAGACAAACCCUUCAGGACGUCACCUUAUGACUUUGAAGCUCAGUGUAGCGUCUCUGGGCCGCUGCCAUCUUGGCUAACUCUACCUAGCUCCCAGCUAAUUCAAGAAGUAGUCAAAGGGGUGAAACUUAAAACGGCUACACCCUUUAAUUCUGCAAGACUUUAAUCUACAGAGAACUGAAACGGUUUAGGUCGAUGGGGAUUCACUCCCUUUCGGAGCCGGCCUCUAGUGGCCGUUAGAGGAACUUGUUUUUGCUGGAUCCAUUAGCCGUUUUCUGACGUAGCUGCAUGUUCAGACUGAGGACGACAUGUAUUGUAUUCAGAUGCAGUGUGAACGCAGUUUGAACGAGUGUGGGGAUUUAACAGCAGCAGGAACACUGUGAAAUGAAUGCAAUCCUUUUGGAGUUACAUGAGAGAGUGUGCCUUUAGAGAGCAACCUGUAAACUAUUAUCAUCUUUAUUUUAUCUCAUUUUACCCACAGUGUAAAUCUCUUUUUCUCUCUUUUUCUUAAACGUCCGACCUUUACCACCAUUAUAAUAGAGAAACCUUAAAAUCUAUCUAUAAAUCUGGAUGAAUGUAGUUAUUUAAAAAACAAAUGAUUACUGUUCAUCAUGUAGAUUAAUUUUUUUUUAUUAUUAUUUUUAUUUUUUUCCUAAUGAAUCUGUUUGUAUUACGACUGGGCGGCUACGAGAAAAAACAUACAGCAUGUAUUUAUUGCACUUUUGUGAUUUGGGUGUGCUUUUAUUUUUAUUUUUUAUUUGUCCUGUCUUGUCCCGAAAAGCUGUGAAUUUUAUUCUCAGACACUGUAUACUGUCGACCAGAGUUGUAAAUAUUUCACCAGCACGAAAGAAAAAAAUACGAACGAUAUGUUUUGUAGUUUCACAACAAAUUAAAAAAAAAGUUCUUCUCUUCUA